CCAUCUUAAAAAUUACUUACUCCAUUGAAAAUUUUACAGGAAAAAAGGAAGUAAAAGGUACAACCACAGCAAACGCAAAGUACAACUGAGAUAGUAAAGGAGAAGCAGGCAUUGAAACUUAGAAAAGGAACCCCAUAUUUAGGACACCUCCCGGCGGCGAAUUGGAAGAGAAAUCGCAUAAUCUGAUCAGAAAUAUAGAUUUCGCCGUGUUGUUCAACUCAGUGCAUUGUUCUCAAUGGAGCAAGAUAGGUUAAAUUCUCCACACACUUCUGCAAUUUGCCUUGAAGUUCUUGGCCAUCAACUUCAGUUUUGCCAGGAUCCUAAUUCGAAGCAUUUAGGCACUACAGUUUGGGAUGCAUCAAUGGUUUUAGUAAAAUUUCUGGAAAAAAACUGUCGAAAGGGGAGGUUUUCUCCAUCUAAACUGAGAGGAAAGCGUGUAAUUGAACUUGGAGCAGGUUGCGGUGUUGCAGGAUUUGGCAUGGCACUGCUUGGAUGUGAUGUUGUUUCAACUGACCAAACCGAGGUUUUGCCAUUGCUGAUGAGAAACGUAGAGCGUAAUACUUCCAGGAUAAUGCAGACAGGCUCAGACUCAUUUGGUUCCAUAGAGGCUGCAGAGUUGGACUGGGGUAAUGAGAAUCAUAUAAAGGCUGUUGAACCUCCAUUCGACUAUAUCAUUGGGACUGAUGUUGUUUAUGCAGAGCAUCUGUUGGAACCACUUUUGCAGACAAUAAUUGCACUGUCUGGACCGAAGACAACAAUUUUGUUGGGUCAUGAAAUCCGAUCGACAAGUGUCCAUGAAAAGAUGCUUGAGAUAUGGAAGAGUAAUUUUGAGGUCAAAACUGUUCCAAAAGCAAAGAUGCAUAGUACUUAUCAACACCCAAGCAUCCAGUUAUACAUAAUGGGCUUUAAGCCACAAGGAAAUACCUCGGAAAUUGUUAAAGAGAUGGCUCAGCAGCAGACAGAAGAGGUUGGGGAAAGAGAAUCUAUGCAUGGAUCAGAGGAAGAUAAUAGUAAAUAUGGGUUUAAUCAAGAUGAUGCAACUGACAAUGAGGGCAAGGUAGACAAAAACCUGGUUUUGGAUCUAGAGAACAGAAAUCUUAAUGAUUGGGAAGCUAGAAGAUGUGGUGCGAUGGCUGCGAGGCUUCUUCGUGAUGUCAAGAUAACAUAAAUUAUAGAGAAUCAGUACUUCUCCGAAUCAGCAAGUGUUUGGAAACUCCAAAACCAAAAGAAUGACUGACAAUUUUAAUAAAAAGGAAAGAGAAGAAAUGUUAUGAUCUUUGUCUGUGCAUCCAUAAACUCGUCCGAUUCUUUUAUCUCCAUUCUUUUUGCUGCAAGGAAAAAUGAAGAUUUUCUACAACACAAUUCCGACGUGCUAUCAGAUUCAGGAAAAUGAUUGACGAAUAUUUUCCAAGAUUUGGUUUUCCAUGGGAAACUUUUUUCAAGCAUCUGUUGUGUCUUUUCUCUUGCUAAAAGUAAAAGCUAUUUGUUGGCAGCUCCUAAAAUGGCAAUACCAAAGCCAACACUGUUGCACGCUGCGCUACGAGUCAAGGACAUUGAGGCAAGAUUGUCUUUUCGCCAGAAGAAGUUCUAGUCUUUGAAGUGCCCUCUUAUGGUCCACGUUCAAGUGAAAAAUACAUCAAAAGAAGCAAGUAUGAUGCUUCCACAAAGCUGGACAUGUAAGCUUUUUGGCAGCAUACCUGUUGCAGCAAGGUGUAAGUGCAGUAGAUGCAAUUUACUAGAGCAUGUUAGACCUCAGUUUUCCAACUUGUUUGGGUUUUUGAAGAUGUGUCAAGAAAGAUGAUUUCUCAAUUUUAUGAUUUUUAUGUUCAGUUUAGAUGUGGAAUUUUUACUAAUUUAACAAGACCAAUGAUGCUUCAGUUAUUCAAGGCUGACUAUCCACUCCAUGCAUGAGUCAAGAAACACCAAAUUUUCUGUU